CCUUGUUGGAAGUGUUGGUGCUGUAUUACAUUUCUGCUUUCCUGCCGACUGUGCUUUCAGAACCGUAGAUUCCAAGCCUCGUAUAGUGUUUCUGCUGUCAAUCCGAUCCGAAUUCACCGAGACAAGGGCAAGUAGCUGUAUUCGUGACACAAAAGCAGAACCGCACAAUCUCAAUAAGGUUAUGUACACUUAACGCUGCAGUUUGCUAAACGGUAGUUUGUGCUUUUGCAUCUGCGUCACUUUUUAACAAUUGCAGAUUAUGAAGUGAGAUUCUUAUUUAGAUAAAUAGCUCCACGUUAGUUUGUAUAUUAAAUGGUUUGCCAAGUUAAUUUAAGACAUUUCAGUACGGGAAUGCAUUGUAUAUUAGAAUGAAUGAACCGUAAUGCUAAAUCAGGACUCAUUUGUUGCAAGUAAAACCCCUGUGGUAGACCUGGUCUCGUCAGACAUCGAAGAACUCGCUCGGAAAUGUGCGCUUUCAUACAAGACCCUGGUUGCAGUAAAACGUGUUCUCCUGGCUCAGUACACAGCCUUCCCAACCAAUGGAGCAGAUCUCUACGAAGAGCUUCUCAGCUCCACAGCCAUACUGUCCACUGGGAACCCCAGUUUGGAUAAGCUGUUAGACUCUGGUCUGUACACAGGCGAGGUGACAGAACUAAUAGGAGCUCCAGGCAGUGGAAAGACCCAGGUCUGCCUCGGUGUAGCUGUAAGUGUUGCCUGUGAUCUGAAGAGGAAUAUUCUAUAUAUCGACUCAACAGGGGGUUUGUCUGCCUCCCGCCUGCUCCAGAUGGUACAGUCCAAGGCCUGCAAAAUGGAAGAACAUAUGGAGGCGCUGCGCAGGAUCCAGGUGAGACAAGUUUUCAGCGUCUUCUCCCUGAUCGAAGCUCUGCAGGACCUCCGGAGCAGUGGCUUUCAUCAGGUGGCUGGUGGCAGUGGCUCUGUUAAGGUGGUCAUUGUGGAUUCGGUGGCGGCUGUUCUCUCCCCCAUCAUGGGAGGCAGGCAGACAGAAGGUCUGUCUCUGAUGAUGCAGCUAGCUGGUGAGCUGAGAACAAUGGCCAGGGAUCUUGGAGUUGCUGUGCUGGUGACAAAUCACAUGACGCGAGAUGGAAAUGGGGUGGUCAAAGCCGGUCUGGGGCGGUCCUGGAGUCACGUUCCUCGAACCCGAGUCCUGCUUCAGCGUGUUGAGAGGGAAGGGGCCAAACCCAGCGGCCUCCGCACUGCUACUCUGGUCAAAUCAUCUCGACAGCCUUCACAGAUUUCACAGGAGUUUGACUUGGGGGCCUGCAACCAACCUCAAGAUUUACUUCCUGCACCCAGAGCGUAAGUGCAGCAGGGAAGCAUUUCUGAGCGCACAUAGCAAGGAGGAAAGACACCAACCUGCACGCCAGUCUAACCUAAUCCCCCCUUCACCACCUGAGUCAGGGCUUCACAUCCUUGAAUACGUCUGGGUCAGUGGAGAAGACCCUGAAGAACACAGACUGGUGCAAUUGGAGAAGCAAGUGUUGCCUUGGCCCUCCCAAUACAGUAGAUAACAGUGUUCUUUGACCUUUGACUUGUGAACUUCAGAGACUGUUGUGUCUGGUAUCUUUUAGAUUUGACAAGGUACCCAAUCUGAGCAGAGUGGAAUUCAGGUGUGAAUUCACAGAAAAUGCAAACUGUAUAUGUUGCAUUAGUCAGAAACAUCUAGGUGCAAGUAGCCUUAUAAAAGUUUCCAUAGUAAAAGCACAGCACAGUGUAAUAAAGCACAGUGAAAGUCCAGACAGGUAUGGUAAAGAAUAUUAAAAAACAUGGCAAACCAGGGUAAACUAUGGUAAAUGCAUAGAGUAGAAACAUGGGAAAAGCAUAGGAAAACUGCUGUGCAAAUUUACUGUGGAUAGUAUCACUAAGAUAGACAGAAACCUAAAACCUUUUGAGCGAAUUUGAUUAAACUGUUAGUGGGUAUGUAUAUAGUCCACAUGUUGUGAAUGCACAGAUCUUGCUACUUAAUAAAACUGAGAGGCACACAGUGUUCUGCACAGGGAAUCCCUGACACACAUUCUGUAUCUCAGAGCUGUAUCUCAAGUCAGUUUCAGUCAUGAUAGACGAGAUAACAGGACUGAAAGGCAUUGAUUGAGGGAUGAUAGGCGCUUGUAGAAUUUUAGUUGAAACGCCAUGGCCACAGAGACUUAUUUACACAAUCACAGUUGCAUUACAGAAUCCCACUGCUAGGGUAUAGUUUCACAUAAGUGAUUUAGUUUAAAUGCAGCACAGAAACCAUGACCAGAGGACACAGUUGGAAAUGAAGUGGCAAUAGGAGGGAAGGACACUUCUUCACAGAGUAGUGAGGGUAUGGAAUGGGUUACCAAGUCAUGUUGUUGAUGCAGAAUCACGUGGCUCCUUUAAGAUCCAACUUGACAAAGUUUUGAGACCAAUCGGCUACUUUGAUGGGCAGAAUGGCCUCCUCUUGUUUGUAAUUUUUCUUGUUUUUAUGCUCUUACAAGAAAUCAACGAUAAAAACAGUUAGAAUGAUCCUAAGAAAGUUUGCCGUACAUGAUCUGUGUCUCUCCACUCACUCAGUCCAAUUAAGCAGUAGAGCUUUGCAACCCGAUAGGCGGUGUCUUUACCUUGAUGCAGAGCUGCUCAGAUUCCUCUCCUCUCCUAGCAUUGUUUAAAGUUAUGAAGGAAAGCUGAAAUGCGUCUGAUCACCACUACAGUACAAAAAGUUUGCUUUGUGCAUUAGAAGUUAGACAUUUACUAAGAUUGCGGUCUAAAAUGUAAUCCUGAAAAAAAAAAUCAAUUGAGGCAUAUCCUGGUGGGGAUAGGUUGAUUAAAAGAAAGAACUUUGUAAUUCCAA